AUGCGCUCCGUCCUGGCCCUCUUCGCCCUUCUGGCCCUCGCUGCCGUCGCCCAGGCCUCGCUCAUCCCGAGCUCGCCUGUCCUCACCUCCAAGGCCCUCCAGCGCCCCGCCGCCGACCCCGAAUGGUGC